UCCUGUGCUUUAUAACUGUCACAGAGAAGCAAAGAGAGAGGAGGUGAGGGAAAAAGAGGAGAAGAGGAAGGAAAAGGAGGAGCAUUCUCACCAGUUGACUGUUUUUUCCCUGAUACUAACACUUAAACGCGAGUUACCAUGGACGCAACAGAGUUCCGAAAGAGGGGGAAAGAGAUGGUGGACUACAUUGCAGAUUACAUUGAGACGAUACACAAAAGACCAGUCUACCCUGAUGUGGAGCCUGGAUACCUGAGAUGCCUUAUUCCAGAAUCUGCACCACAGGAACCUGAGAGCUUUGAGGAUGUCUUCAAAGAUAUUGAAAGGAUCAUCAUGCCAGGGGUGACACACUGGAACAGCCCAUAUUUUUUUGCCUACUUCCCUGUCGCCCAUUCCUUCCCAGCUCUUCUGGCAGAUAUUUUGUCUGGUGGCAUAGGAUGUAUGGGCUUCUCCUGGGCUGCAAGCCCAGCUUGCACAGAGCUGGAAACAGUCAUGUUGGAUUGGCUGGGGAAGAUGAUUAAUUUGCCUGAAGAGUUUUUAGCUGGGAGGGACGGAGAAGGUGGAGGAGUCAUUCAGGGCAGUGCCAGCGAGGCUACCUUGGUUUCACUGCUUGCUGCCAGAACCAAAACAGUCAGGUGUUUUCAGCUGGAAAACCCUGAACUAACAGAGUCAGACAUCAUGGGCCGGCUAGUGGCUUAUGCUUCCGAUAUGGCUCACUGCUCAGUGGAAAGAGCUGCAUUAAUUGGAGGAGUGAAGAUGAAAAAUAUCCCUUCAGAUGAUAAAUUUAUUGCCCGGGGAUCUGCCCUUCAGAAGGCUUUGGAUGAAGACAAAGCUGCUGGUCUCAUCCCAUUUUUUUUUUGUGCGACUCUGGGAACCACGGCUUGCUGCUCCUUUGACAAACUGCUAGAGCUGGGGCCUAUUUGUAAUAAAGAGAAUCUCUGGCUGCAUAUUGAUGCAGCCUAUGCAGGGAGUUCUUUCAUCUGCCCUGAAUUCCGGUAUCUUCUAAAUGGAGUGGAGUAUGCCAAUUCAUUUAACUUUAACCCUCACAAGUGGCUCCUCAUCAAUUUUGACUGCUCUGCUAUGUGGGUGAAGAAGAGAUCUGAUUUAAUAGGUGCCUUCAAGUUAGAUCCACUUUACCUGCAGCAUAACCACCAGGAAUCUGGUCUUAUUACAGAUUACCGGCACUGGCAAAUCCCUCUGGGCCGAAGGUUCCGCUCCUUGAAAAUGUGGUUUGUGCUUAGGAUGUACGGAGUCAAGGGACUACAGGAGCAUAUCCGCCAGCAUGUGAAGUUAUCACAUGAGUUUGAAAAGUUGGUACUCCAGGAUGAACGGUUUGAAAUCUGUUCUGAGGUCAUAUUGGGACUGGUGUGCUUCCGACUAAAGGGCUCCAAUGAACUCAAUGAGGAACUUCUUAAGAACAUAAAUGAUACCAAGAAGAUUCAUCUGGUUCCAUGCCAACUGAGAAAAAAGUUUGUGCUGCGUUUUGCCAUUUGUUCCCGCACAGUGGAGUCUAACCAUGUCCAGCUGGCCUGGCAGCUUAUCACGAAACUAGCAACUGAACUUCUGAAAGCGUGGGAGCCAAAGCAAUGCCAGUAGUGGCAGUGCUGAAUAGGGCAUAGGCAGCUAAUAAAUACACUGUCUUCAAGCUGCCAAAGUUUUUUUAAAUUUGGGCUUUGUUUGUGGGGGGGUUGGGUUCUUUUAGUGGCAGGAGGGAAAAAGCGGUGAAGAGGUGGAAUUGUGAGGGGAAAAAAUGUAGCAAUUGCUAUUAUGUGGCCCAGAUACAUCAGCAGAAUUGUCAGCAAAUUGUAUUGUAAGUCUCCUGAACAAAUCAUGCAUUGGUUUGGUUUUGGUUGUUUAUAGAUGGAACCAAAGUGUGUGAUAAUUGUCAUCAAAGAGUAUGAUGCUCCAGUAAAAAUCAUGACUUCAAGUUAAAUAACCUGGUUGUAUCAUUGUUUGGUCCUGUGUAAACAGGCAAAGUUAAACCAUUUUAUUACGUAACAUAGCCAGGAAACUACCUUAUUACAAUACUGUUUGUUGCCAUGGUAAUUUUGCAUGUUUAGACAAACCCUUCAUUAGGUGAAACCAAGGAACAACUAGAGGUGGGGAAGGGAUCCUAUAGCCCAAAGUGUAAUAAAGAUUUCCCAUGAAAUCAGUCUAAAAGCUAGGCAGAGUUCAGGCAAAUAACUGAGCCACUGUACAAAAUCCUGCCCUCUGCCAAACCAUGGUAAAUUUUGAUAACUUCAUUGACUUAAGUGCAGUUUAUGUGAAAUGUUAAGAAUAUCUGUAAGAGCAUAAUAUAGAUGACUGUCCACAGAGAGUCAGUAGAUUAAAUCAAGCUGGACAUUUAAGCUGCUGUUCUCUUUCCUUUAGGAUUGCAUUUAAAAAAAAAAUACAUUAACCUGUUCUCAUGACCCAGGGAGCCAUUUUGUCACUUGUAUUCACAACCAGUAGGUCUAAUGCUCAAAUAUGUUUAAUUUUAUAAUUUUUAUUUUAUAAUUUAAUAUUUUAUUUUUAUUAUAAAAAGAAUACCAGGUAACCAGAGGAAAAUUAUUGCUUUCCCACCACAUAGGCCAACAUUUUAUUUGUAAUAGAUAAACAGCUGUGUUUAGGACAAAAGAGGUCAUAUUGUAAUUAGGGUAAAUCCAGGAUUAGGCCAUGAAAAUCAAAUUGAGUUAUUCUGGUGUAUAAACAACUUUAAUUGAAAUUAGUACCUGGCUAAUAAUAAUGGCUAAAAAUUGCAUGCUGCACUAAGCCUGAGAAUAUUAUCCAUUUGACCUCAGAGGAAAACUUCUUUAACAAAUUUUCACCAUUUUUUUUUGGUUUCCCAUGCAGCUCUGGUCCAAACAUAUUUUUUAAACGGUAAAACUGAUUUUGCUUUAAUAGCUUGCAUUUAAACAAAAGGUAAAUGGUCCUAUCAACCUCAUCUAACACUAGGCAAAAAUCUGUAUUUCAUAUUAACUGGUUUCUAACAGCUUGAGAUGGUUCAGAGGCUGUGAAAACCUUUUUCGUGGUCUCUUGUACUGUUUUUCUCCCAGGCUGGUAAUUGUUGUCCUGAAUUGUUUCAUUGAAAAAAUCUGGGCCAUAUAAUCAAUUCAAGAACAAAAUCAUAAUUUGUAAAAAGUAACUGAUUAGAAGUAAAACCAUAACUGAUGGUACUUUCCUGCAGCUAUAUAAUGCAUCUGUUAGUAAACUGGCUUCUGAUGAUAAACGCAGUAUUUUAUGAAUAGUUAAUGUGUGAACCUAACUCUAUUGUGCCUUUUGUCAAAAGCUGACACAAUCUGUGCUGAUUCAUGUUGUUUAAUGUUAAUUAUAAUUAUGAAGCCUAUUAAAGAGCACUUAAGCAGAAUAUCCAAAUCCCAAAAGAUUUAAUGUAGCUGAUAGAUGAGGGAAAUAUAGAUUUUAAAUAGGCAAGUUUGAAUAACCCUGCAGAUGUUUCCUUAGCUGGUCCAAUAUUUACAUUGUCAUUGUAAUGGGAGAUUAUAAAUAUAUUUUGCUAUUGACUGUGGCAUAUUUUUAAAGGUCUUUAUCUAAUUAGUGCUAAUGAGUGCUUAGUAUUAAAUUAUAUACAAAAAACUAGAACUCUUAGUUCCAAAAUGAUACCUUUUAUUAGACCAACUGGAAAAUGGCAAGAAAACUGUCCUUUUCUGCAAGCUUUCGGGAUCAAAGUCCCUUCAUCAGGGUUUGGGAAAAGUGUAGCUGUAUUAAAUUAUUACAUUUGUACUCUUCUCUUGUCAUUCUAUCUAGAAUUCAGCUCUUUUCUUAGUGGUAAACUGCAAGAAUACCAUAUUCUGUGAAUUUUACCCACAUAGCUCUUUUUUAUUUCUUGUUGUUAACUAAAAUUGUGUUCUAGACUAUUUAAACCCCUCUUGCACUUCAAAUUCUUAAAAGGCAGGAGUUGAAACAGACAAGUGAAAAAAAGCACUGGAAAACAGAACCUCAGGAAGGAAGCAAAUCUCACUAGAAUAGUAUAGGUGACAGCUAGUAUCUUAACUACUCUGCCUGGAAUCAGCAUGACUGUGACUGGAAAAAGUUUUGUGUCUUUUUAAUUGAGCUUUCUGUGAAUAUCAAGUUCCUUGUACUUGAAAUCUGUAUCCAAAGUUUAUCAGCCAAACAUAUGAGGCUUAGUGAUGGAAUAAAAUGCAAAUGAAGCCA